CAUGACUAACUCUACACAAAUUUCAUAUUUCAUGUUUGCUGCCUACUUUGACAUUGGGCUGUUUAAACACUUAUGUUUCAUGAUCGUCAUGUGUCUCUACAUGUUGAUUAUCUGUGCCAACCUCCUGCUGAUUGUGGUUAUCUGUGUGAACAGAAGCUUACAUGAACCUAUGUACAUGUUUCUGUGCAGCCUGUUUGUAAAUGAACUGUAUGGUAGUACAGGGUUGUUUCCAUUGCUGCUGCUUCAGAUCCUCUCUGACAUUCACACUGUCUCUGCUUCAGCUUGUUUCCUGCAGAUUUUCUGUGUGUACUCUUACGGAAGUGUAGAACUUUUAAACUUAGCCAUCAUUUCUUAUGACAGAUAUCUUGCUAUCUGUUAUCCUCUGCAGUAUAACACACGGAUGACAAAUCAUAAGGUUGUUGUGCUCAUUUCUCUGAGUUGGUUAUUCCCUCUUCUUGCAUUUAUUGUUUUGGUAUCUUUAAUUGUGCCUUUACAGCUGUGUGGGAACAUUAUUAACAAAGUGUACUGUGACUACUACUCCAUCGUUAAACUGGCAUGUGAUGACACAACAGUCCAGAACAUUUAUGGGCUAACUCAUGCCACUCUUGGUAUCUCAUGUCCUGUACUGUUAAUCUGUUACACGUAUAUAAAGAUCCUUAAAGUUUGUUUUUCUGGCUCUAAACAGACCAGACAGAAAGCUGUCAGUACCUGUACACCUCACCUCGCCUCUCUGCUCAACUUUUCUGUUGCUGCUUUCUUUGAAAUAGUUCAGAGCAGGUUCAAUAUGACUGGUGUUCUCAAUGUGUUGCGCAUCUUUUUAUCAUUGUAUUUUCUCACAUGUCCUCCCCUCUUUAACCCUGUGAUAUACGGCCUGAAUCUGUCUAAAAUUCGUGUGACAUGUAAAAAUCUCAUUUUAAAUGUAGGCUGUUAG